AAUUCCCUCCCGAUGCAUUCCAUCAGUUGCUCAAUUGAGCUAUUUCGCACUCUAAAGCCUAAUCAUAACCGAAGUCGCCUCUUACCGACCGAACUUCCUGCUUACAACUUACAGGGUCCUCUCCUCCUCUUCUACCCCGCCAAAACUCUCACUGCAACCCAACCAGUACCUAGCCAGCCUCUCCCACUGUAACCCCGGCCUCAUGCUUAAAAAAGCUUCCAGAAAAUCUUGGUCCCAGAUCUGACGCAUGCCAUGUCAUUCACCGACAGAAUGUCACUGACACUGACAGUUCUUGACUCAACUACAAGGAACUUUUGACCUUGACCCUUGUGGGCCUACGAAUAUACAGGGAGGUUAAUCCUGAUGACGAAUGCGCAACACCAUUUGCCAUUCCCUGUGAUCUUCGAUCUCCGAUCUUGUUACAUUGAAACAGUACUGUACGAUAAUUCCUUGAUCAAUUGAUUAUCACGGGUUGCCCGUCCAGUCUCUCCACUGCAACGCCUAGACCAUGCCCGUUAUUACCGUUCAACGGCCAGUGUCGUACCUGAAGCUAAGGGAAGGCCCCUGGGUCCGUCCUCAUACUCUGAAUCUGAGGUUGUACGGGAAUACCGAUAUCGCUUCGAGUCUCACCGUGCCAACUUAGAGUGAGGCAUGCAGGACAUCAUCUGGUUUGGCUCCUUAGCGCAACCCUUUCAACAUGAAACAUAAGCUUAUGGCUCUACGUGGAGUUAAAAAUUCUUCUCGUCGUUGGCCAGAAACGCCUUCAGUAUGCACGGUCUACGUGUAGUCCUUCAACUUGAGUCGGGUGGGCCCGCAUCGCCAGCCUCAUCUACAGCCAUCAUCCUGGUUCAUUGCCCAUUGUAACGCCUCAUCUCUCCCGUCUCAUUGGCAACGAUCCAGAUUAACGGUCCAAGCUGUCACCAUCGCUGAGAUCUUCAGCCGUUCGCGCUACGUCAUUCUCGUUUUCACUUAACUACCGGCCUCCCUCGCGCCACGUCGGCUCGCUCCUCUUCAGGGUCCUCCCAUGAAACUUGUCCCUUCACUGACUCUCACAAGAUCCAAGCUUUUGGGUCUUCCUCUUUGCUUCGUCUUGUCUAACUCAUGGCUUCCAUGCUACCCAUCUCAACUUGCGCAGCUUCUAUUCGUUCUGAUGCACGCUGACGCCUCGGCUUUCUUUAGAGCUCAACUUACAUACCCACCAUCAAAGCCUUCCUCAAGAUGUCACUAGCAAGGAUAGCCUCAAGAAUCAGGGCCGAGUCGGGGUGACGGGUCACUUGGUGAACCCUUGAGGACCCUGGCUUCAGCCUCACGAGGUGAUCCUCUUCUUAUCAUAAAUAUCGACCAUCGUCGACUGUUUCUAUCAGCUAUCAAUCUAUAUUAAUCUCAAUCAUCUUAACUGCUUAUAUUCCAAUCGCUUAUCUCUCAAAGUCAAAUAAGAGAGCUCAUCCUGGGUUUUCGACUGAUUUCAUUCGAUGUCUCUUGAUCCUUUGCCUACUAUUGAAACGACCCUCACUUCUUCUUCUCCAUCCGACAUGUCUUCAUCCAUACAAAGUCGAUCUGCUCGCAGUACACCUGCUAUAAACGCCUCCGCCUUUAAUCCUCCUGAAGCCAACGGCUCCUCUAAUGAAAGAGUUCCUUUCAUGCGAGACAACUCUCCCGAAGCCGACAGCCUACCAUCCAACCCAGCUCUUACUCCUGUUAUCACCCAUGGAGACAACCCUCCAGCCAGCAACAGAAACUCGGAGGCCGACACAGUUGUCCCUCUCCAGCCUGCCAUCAGUCAAGAUCCCAGUCGAGUCCGUCCUGGUUCUCGUACAGGUAACUUUGUCACUCCCAAGACGGCCCGCUUCUCUCAGGAUGGCGGAGAACCCCUUCAGUAUUCUGGAGGUUCCAUGAAAUCGUCCCGACGACGCUAUCGUGGUGAAGACUUCGACUUUGACCAGGCUGCCGACUACCCCACAGUAAGUGACUAUGAGCGAUACUGGCGAAAUGAAGGUCGCAAUGAUCGUUACACUACUCGAAGAGGUCCCUACCCACCUCCCACAUUCAUGAACCGUCGUCGAGCGCACCCUCAUGACUCGGACGAAGAGUUCUACAGCAGUGACGACCCUCGCAUGCCUCCCACUGGCGGGCGCAGAAUGAUGGACGAGGAGAUGGGAUAUCCUCAUCGACCUUUCCAUCACCGACGUGCUUCUACCCUCAACGGCUUCAAUAUCUCUACAGGCAAGCUUGAGUGGAGUGACCUCAGUCCCAAGGAGAAAUCAGAGAUCAUGCGUCUCCCUUUGACCCAAUGGAUGAACUCAAAUUUCAAGAACCACUUUGUCGCCAGUCUUGGUGAGCUUAUCGGUACUACCAUGUUCCUCUUCUUCGCCUUUGCCGGUACAGAAGUUGCCAAUAUUCAGGCACAAACCGACAGCAAGACUACCACGGGAGAGUCUACUGGUAGUCUUAACGUUUCCAAGCUCCUCUACAUCUCUAUCAUCUUCGGUUUCUCGCUCAUGGUCAAUGUCUGGGUCUUCUUCCGUAUCAGCGGUGGUCUCUUUAACCCUGCCGUCACUAUCGCCAUGUUGAUGGUGAAGGCUAUUAGCAUGACGAGAGCUAUCUGCCUAUUCCUCUCUCAGAUUCUUGGUUCAAUGCUUGCCUCGGUUAUGGUACGAUACUUGUUUCCUGAGACAUUCAACGUCCGAACUACUCUGGGAGGUGGUGCAUCUCUGGUUCAGGGUGUGUUCAUUGAGGCUCUUCUUACUGCCGAGUUGGUCUUCACCAUCUUCAUGCUUGCUAAAGAGAAGCACCGAGCCACAUUCAUUGCUCCCGUCGGUAUCGGCCUGGCUCUUUUCAUUGCAGAGAUGGUCGGUGUCCAGUUCACUGGUGGUUCGCUCAACCCUGCCCGAAGCUUUGGUCCUUGUGUCAUCACCGGUACCUUUGACUCUGAGCACUGGAUCUACUGGGUUGGCCCCGGCAUUGGCUCUCUCAUUGCCGUCUGCUUCUACUGGUUCAUCAAAACUCUUGAGUACGAGAUGGCCAACCCCGGUGCCGAUGGUGAUGACCUCAAUGAUCCUACCAAAAACCCUGAGAAGCGAGCUGAAAUCCAGUCUAACGCUGCUCCUUCGAUCGCAUUUGGUGGCGGCAAGACCCCUUCGAUCCGCAGCUAG